AUGUUUCCCACCUUCACAGGCAACUCCCGCCGCACCCGGAACGUCAACCUCAGCGGCCAGAAGAACAAGAACCCCUUCGCCGCCACUGCCUUCUCUCCUUCCGCCGCCGCCGGUGCCUCCAAGACCGUCGCCGAUGCUCAGGCCGAGCGCCGCCAGCGUCAGGUCGAGCGGGACCGCCUCAAGGCCGCCCAGCAGAUCCAGCGCUCAUGGAGAGGCCACGCGGUACGGCAGAGCGUCAAGAACACGCGCCGGGCCGAGUUCGACGAGCUCUAUAGCUCCGGAGAAGCCGAUGGACUCGGCCUACGGCUCCAACUCGCUCUGCCCCUCUUCUUCGCCUUCUUCGACGCCUCCAACAAGACCGACCUUGAGCGUCUGGGCCUCCUCGUGGCCGACCUAGAGAAGGGGGGAUGCAAAUCGUUCGCACGCCAAAGACAGAUCCUUCAAGCCUUGGUCGAGGCUCUCCAGCAGUCCGCUCCUGUCGUCCACCCCCAGCUCUUGCUGCUCCUCCUCCGAAUCAUCCACGCAAACCCCCAUGUCUUGGUCGAUAGGUGUCAACAGUACUACUAUAUGUUAUCAAAAUACUUCCAACAACAGCCCAGCACUCAAGAUCGUACACUCCUGUUGCAGGCUGCCUAUGCGCCCCUUAUUUCCGGCUGCCUUCUCGAUGGGCCGAAUGCGCACCAUGAGCCAUGGCUAACAUCCCCAACCCAUCAGGCUGCAGACGAAAAGAGAGCCAUAAGUCUAGCAGAUGUUACGCUUCAAGAAGCUUACGGAGCAUUCGCCUCAGUCCUCCUGAUCUCCGCCCCGGGCCUGUCAUCUCAAACGAGCACUUUCGCGCGCCAUGUUAGCAUAAGCAAGCUCGCUUUCGCCAUACUACGACUGUAUGCUUCGCCUCGACUCGAGAAGCUGUCGCGAGACCACUUGCUUUGGCUACUCGCCCACUUCAUAGCCCUGCAGAAGGCCCAAAAAGAUACGCGUCGAGAGAUGCUGUACCUCAAGGCUCUCUACGUUCAGCUGUCGGCGCUCAACAGUGAUAUUCGCCAGCGUCUUGAUACGUCGGGCAAUCCCGAACCUAGCGGUGACGAACUGUUCAAUAAUGAUCAGCAGAUUGGCUCUCCGCUGCCGUCCUUUGUGUCGGAACACCUCUUGUCUCUAGUCGAUCGUGAUGAGCUCUCCCUAUUACUAGAGCAACUCAAGUUAGACCACUCGAAAGUUGCAGAACACAGUGUUGACAUUGCAAGCUUAUUGGCAGGCUACACACUUGUCCUGCUGCGAUGCUUCCCCAGCCAAGCAGAAGAUAUUCGCAUGCGCCUCUACCUGACCGACGUCACAUCCACGGAAGGACGGACCCCAUCUGUCAAGUUCUUCUGGAAUGCAGUGCGGAAGACAGAGGCCUUUGCCCGCGUUGUCUCCAACCCCGAGGCAACUCUCACCUUUCUUCUACAGAGAAAUCACUUCCCCGGCUCUGCCAAUGAUUCGGUGUGGGACCGAGAGUGGAGAACUAUUCUCCUUUUCUUGGAACUUUACAUCUUUGUUCUCAGGCUAACCGACGAUGAAGACUUUCGUGCGGGCUUUCGUGCUGGGUUGUCCGAGGGGGCCGCUCCAUCCCGAGUUCAGCAGUGUGCUAUGACGCUGGAUGAGCUGAAAUCUUUGACGCUUUUCCUCAAGAACCUAGCCUUCACAUUGCAAUACCACGCAGCCGAGCUUCUCCAGGAUAGCUCAGGCAGGUCGCAGCCAGGCUCUCAGGUACAUACGCAGACAUUCAACGUGAUUUCUGGAAUGGACUUCUCCGACUUCAAAACCCUCGUGACCACGAGUGUCCGGCUGCUGUACGAGCGCGACUCUCGUCGCCCGUUCCUGCCUGCGGGUCACUGGCUGAUGACGUCCAAAUUUGAUAUGGAGGCCUUCCUGUCCGCUGUCGUCCUCGAGCAGGAGCAACAAGCCGACAUGCGAGACACCGAGGAUGGUGAUGAUGAUCAAGACGCGGACAACGACGCUAUGGACGUCGACCACCAAGCCAUCACUCUGGCCGGCCAGCGCCGGUCGAGAUAUGCCAUGAUGGAAUCGUUCAGGCAGCGUCAAAGGAAAGCCCAGCGGGAGAGGACACUGGCCCUCAUCGGCCCCAAGCUGGCUGUUCUGAAGAACAUGCCUUAUGUGAUCCCCUUCGACAUCAGGGUGCAGAUCUUCCGACAGUUUGUGUUUCUCGACAAGCACAGGAGGAGACAUGGCAACAUUGACCCCGAUCAGUGGCGCAUGUAUAUGGUCAGCCAAAACGGAGGAGGCUGGAAUCCAAACAACAUUGCCAUGAGACAGGUCCUGGGCAAACAUACCGCUACCAUCAAACGCGGCCAGCUCUUCACGGAUGCGUUCCGGCAGUUUUUCCCUCUCGGAGAAGGUCUGAAGGAGCCAAUCCAGAUUACUUUUAUGGACAAGUUCGACACCGAAGAGGCCGGCAUCGACGGCGGAGGUGUCACAAAGGAGUUUCUGGUCAGCGUCACACGAGAGGCCUUUAGCAACGAGCAUGCCUUGUUUGUUAGCAACAGCCACAACGCGCUGUAUCCCAACCCCUGUGCUCUCGACCAGGCCGCAGAAACCCUUCGUGCUGCAGGGGUCCCGAAAGACUCCGAAGGCUGGAACGCGCAUAUCAAGAACCUCCUUGAGCGGUUCGAGUUCCUCGGUCGGGUGGUGGGAAAGUGUCUGUACGAGGGAAUACUUAUCGAUGUCGCCUUCGCGGGCUUCUUUCUCCUCAACUGGACCUGGGCGGGCACAGACUCUUCGACGACCCCCCGCGCCAACAUCAACGACCUGCGCGAGUUGGACGAGGAGCUCUACCAGGGCAUGCUGCAGCUCAAGCACUACCCGGGCGACGUGGCCGAGCUGGGCCUCGACUUCACCAUCAGCGACCAGGUCUCGCAGCCCGGCGAGCCCGUGCGGACCGUGACGCGCGAGCUCGUGCCCGGCGGCGAGCACCAGCCCGUGACCAACGAGAACCGGCCGCUGUACAUCUCGUACGUGGCGCGGCACCGGCUCGCGCGGCAGCCCUGGGCGCAGACGCGCGCCUUCAUCCGCGGCCUGUCGCAGAUCAUCGACCCGGCCUGGCUGUCCAUGUUCAACCAGUCGGAGCUGCAGCGGCUCGUGGGCGGCGACUCGUCCGAGAUCGACGUCGAGGACCUGCGCCGCCACACGGUCUACUCGGGCCUGUACGCCGUCGGCGACGACGGCCAGGAGCACCCCACCGUCCGGCUCUUCUGGCGCGUCAUGCACGAGCUGCGCGACGAGGAGCGCCGCGACGUGCUCAAGUACGUCACGUCGACGCCGCGGGCCCCGCUCCUGGGCUUCGCGCAGCUCGAGCCCAAGUUCAGCAUCCGGGACGGCGGCAGGGACCAGGACCGGCUGCCGAGCGCCAGCACGUGCGUCAACCUGCUCAAGCUGCCGCAGUACGAGACGGCCGAGGUGCUGAAGAGCAAGCUGCUGUACGCCGUCACGUCGGGGGCUGGGUUCGACCUUAGCUAG